UUAACAAGAGCCGCGUGUCGAGCUCUGAAGGACAAGAAGCAUCUCAUGUGCAUGAGGUGAGCAGAACAGGAGAAGAGGCACGGCACAAAGGAUUGCAAAAUGAUGGAUGUUUUUUCCACAUUUGCUCUGAGUUUUAAGUUUUGAGGUUUGAGUCACCCCCAGUAGCUGAUCAAAGAAGAAAAGGAGUCCAGGAGGGAUAACGUGAGGAGAAGUUGACAGUGGAAGGAUACAGGAUGAUCUUGGGAAGCGUAAACCGACCGGGGCCGGUCCCUGCCUUCCUCAGGAGCCCGCCUGUCCUACCACCCCCGCUGGAUAUGAAGCCCUUCCUCCAGUUCCCCCUGGAAUCCCCUCAUCCAGCCAGCAUCGGCCUUUUCCAUAACCUAACCACAAUGGACCCCAUCCAGAAGGCUGUGAUGACGCACACCUUUGGACCACCGAUGGUCAAGACAAAACGGCCAGUCAUCUCCUGCAAUGUCUGUCAAAUACGCUUCAACUCAGAGAGCCAAGCAGAGGCCCACUAUAAGGGGAACCGCCACGCACGAAGGGUGAAAGGGAUCGAGACAUCUAAGACAGCUCGUCUCCAAGAUGGGGACAAACAGCUCCCACCUCCCACUGCCUCCCCCUCACCCCCAGGCCCUGAGCCGGCCAGCCCUGAGCCCGAUUCCUAUAAGCACGAUGUCACCCAAUCCUGUCCCAACUCCGAGUCAUCUUUGAUCGCUAACCGCCUCCCGACACCCACACUGAGUUCAACAGACGCAGAGUUUACGCUCCUGCCUUCUUCUGUCAGCUUGCCUUCGCCAUCCUCUCCCUCUUCCAGUGCGGCCCUUAGUUCCCUACCUGCAGAUCCAGCGGUGGCUGCUCCUCCUGACGCCCUGUCCCCAGUGCCCAGCCCGUCUUCAGCAGAGUCAGAGGAAGAGAAAGCCAAGAAGCUUCUUUACUGCGCCCUGUGCAAAGUAGCUGUUAAUUCGCUCUCACAACUUGAGGCCCAUAACAAAGGAACCAAGCACAAAACCAUUCUGGAGGCACGGAGUGGACUGGGACCUAUUAAAGCAUACCCACGCUUGGGUCCUAAACCCAGCACAGAGCAGGGAGGGGAGCUGUCCUCUGACCCCAACACUCAGGAACGCACCUUCCACUGUGAGAUCUGCAAUGUUAGAGUCAACUCCGAGCUGCAACUUAAACAGCAUAUAUCUAGCCGAAGGCAUCGUGAUGGAGUUGCAGGGAAACCCAAUCCCCUUCUGAGUCGGCACAAGAAGCGCACAGACUAUAUGGAGCUUCCAAAAUCUCUCGGGGCUGGACUCUUACCAAAUCCCCUGGCCGUCGCUGCAGCGAUGGCGGCCGCGGCAUCAUCCAAUCAGCUGGCGCUACGUCCUCAUGGCCCGGCCUCCCACCCACACCAUCACCACCACCUCCUACAGGGAACAACCCUCAGCCUGCUGAGGCCUGCCCCGGGCCCCAUCCGCACCACGCACGGGCCAAUCCUCUUCACUCCUUACUGAUGAGAGAAUGAUGAGAAAACAGGAAGAAGCACACUGUGAAGUGGAGCCCUGCAUCCAUGUGCCAUCACGAGUCAAAUCAGCUGCUGUGGCUCGAUGAACAUAAUUACGACUCUUCAUGGUGCAUAGCUGCAGUCAGACCACUGCUGUUAUGUUAACAAAGAGAAAUAACAUCUCAAAUCUCAAACAUUUCAAAGAGACUGUGCGUUCCCAUCAUCCCACCUCUUGCUUCAUUACUUAACUAUCUGCCAAUCGUCAGACUGACUCUUCACAUCGCUUGAAGAGGAACUCUCUGUCGAGCAUGGGAUUCUUUGAGCAUCCACCAAUCAGCAACUGAUUGAGCGUCCUCAUCAUCCAACACCAUUCUCUGUAUCUGACUCAAAACCCUACCUCUCUUGUGUUUUAAUGUUCAUCUCUGCAAGGAUUCCUUACAUAUCCAAAGCAUUAAUGUGAUCAAAAACAUGUGCUGGGUUAGAUAUAGUAGUUACCUCUAAUGUUAGCUGGUAUCAUACUGUAGUUGUCACAGUGGAGAGUUUCACUGUACAGGUCUGUGUUGUGGCCUAUAGAAAGGUCAGUUGUUUCUGCGGUUUCUGACAAAUGUAUGUGCUCAACUCAGCAGCUGGCCACCGUGUCCUGUAGUUACUGCUGUGGCUACACAGAGGAAUUGAAAGAGGAAAGACUCAAAGAGUAAAAAAAAAAAUAAAAAAAAAUUUAAAUAAAAUAAAAUCCCACGUCUUAAUACUGUGCUGAUCUACAUAUCACCAAAAUUAACGGUUUGGAGAAAGCAAAAGUAGCUGUUAUUAGAUAUUUGUUCUCACAGUGAAACGCAAGAUUUGACAAAAAAACAUUCUAACGUAUGCUCACUGGCCACUUGUGUAGGUAUAACUGUUCAAAGGCUUGUUAAUCCAAACAUGUAAUCCAUCAAUCACAUGCUACAAGGUGAUUUGAGCGUCUUUACAAGUAGCAAUAUAAAAAAUAAUCAGAGGCAGUUGACACCAGAGGUCAGACGAGAUCUUGCAAAUUUGAAGGGCAUUUUUAUUUUUGAAGAUGAGCAUUAAUGUAGAGCAGUAACUAACAAUUCUUUUCAUAAUCAUAAAGUACUUGUUUGGUCGACAAAAUGUUGAAAAUUGUUAAUCAGUGUUUCCAAAACAUUCAAAUUAUGUUUUAAAUUAUUCAGUUUUAAUGAGUUCUUUGUUAAAUGGAGCAAAGAAACCAGAAAAUAUUCACAUUUUUAGAGCUUGUUUUAAAAAAAUGGAAUAAAUAAUAGUUAUUGCAUAAUCGAUUAACCGUUGCAGCACUACAUUCAUCUGUGUUGCACUACUAUAAAGUGAAUUUUGGGAGUUGGUUCAUUCAUUAUUUCAACACUUGCUUCUUCCACAAAGUGGUGUAAUGUUGUGAUUUCCUCCACUUGCCCGCUUGUCCUGCCUCUUUCUGCUAUUUCUCCAGGGGUAGAGACUUUUCAGUCAGGUGACAUCUAAAUGUCCAAAUCUGUUUCCAUUGCACUCAUUUGCUUCUACCUUUUAUUGAUAAACCAACUUUUCCAUCUCACUCAAGCAUAAAAAAAACAAACUUUGAUGCAAUACUUCACAACUCUUUCAUAUUUCCUCUCUUUCCAUUUGUUUGCCUUUUUAUGAACAAAUCAAAAAUAUGCAUAAACACUGGUUGAUGCUAACUCAAAUAACCAAGUUAUGCAGAAGACCAGCUCCAAAAAGCACAACCUGAAAGCAGCGUCAGACCACACCUUCCACUUUAUUAAGUCUCCUCUGUACCCAAUCAAAGUGGCCAGUGAGUGUAGUUCCUCUAGUGAAAGUCAAAAUGUAACUGUCUUAUAAAGAACUUAAGUAGGUGAAAAUUCUAUGUGUAUAUGGCUUAGAUAGCGUUAAAAAUAAUGAUCUAGCGGUUUGUUUGUUGAAACAGAAAAGUUUCAUUGUUAUGAUGGAAUAGUUUCUAACACUGUGAGAGCAGCAUUGUGAUUUAUGACAGGCAUUUGCAUUUUUGUGCACAUUUAUUUAUAAAGACCACAUCUGCGCACCAAAAAGAGUGUGGAAGCAGUGGGAUGAAAGACACCAGCAUUAUGUUACAGAGGGCAAUGAAAAGGACCACACACACACACACACACACACACACACAGGUACUUCUUUGCAAAAAAACAAAAACUACAUGAAUAAUAAUAAAUAAUACAAAAAAACACCUUCUUCAAUAGGGUUAUAGGUUCUGUAGCAGGAUAAAAAAAGUGUUUAGUUUGUCUGCCCUGCCUUGUGUACUUCAACCCUCCGUGACCCGACUAUUGCAGUGAAGACUGUCAUUACGGCUUGUGACACACUAGCGGGAAGCUUUAGGAAGUGGAAACUGUAGCAAUACUUCAGGCACUCCUGCUAACUUUUCUUGUUAAAUGCAAUAAAAAGAAAGGUCUACAAAUGUAUUCAUUGUUACUGACAAGAUGUGUAUUGAAACAUGGCUGUAAAUGUAGAUUAUUCGAAAAAGAGAAAAAGGUAUAUGUUGGGGCUUCCUGACGGAAAUCAUGAAUAAACUUUAUUGUCGUAA